CCGCUGUGCACCGCUGCAUCGCUUCACCUCCUCCCGGCUUCAUUCACUGGGGUGACCGCUGAGGCUGAACCAUGAGUCCCGGGUCCUGGAGUCUCCUGCGGGUCUGGUCCUGCUUGCUGAGCCUGGGCGUCCUGUCCUGGGCCCUGGAGCCGGAGGAGCUCUUUGAAUUCGGGGAAGAUGCCGGAGACCUGCAGCUGGUGUCCGGGUCCGACUCCACCGCGGAGCUCCCUCUCAACCAGAGCCUCAUGUUCUUCGGAGAAACUUUCGACCAAGUUUAUAUUAACACCAAUGGAUUUGUAGCUGUUGCUGCACCUCCCUCAGAGGACGAGUAUCUGGGAAACAUGCCCAGCAAUUUCAAAAUGAUUGCAGCGCUCCUGGGGAACCUGGACAACAGCGACGGACAGGGGAGAGUCUACUUUAGGCAGGACAACAGUCCAGACAUAUUGAGUCGAGCUGCAGAUCACAUCAGGCAAGCUUUCCCCAGGGACGAGGGCGUGAAGCCCACCAACACCCUCAUCGUCACCUGGGAGAACAUGGCUGCCCACAUGACGUCUCGACGAGGCGAUGAACUGGAUGUCAAGAGGAACACUUUCCAGCUGGUUAUAGCCUUCAUGGAGUCGUCCUCCACUGCCAUCCUCCUAUACCCCAGAGACGGCCUGCAGUUCCUGUCCACAUCCAUAGCUGGAGAGAGUAAGAUGCUGGAGGCUGGCUUCAAUGAAGGCAUCGUGUCAGGCUGGUUCUGGAAUACCAAACAGGGGACGUACUUGCGCACCACCACCGAUGAAGAGGAUUCCAUCCAGAAACUUAUGAAAAAGACAAACUCAGGACGAAAUGGAGUUUGGGUGUAUGAGAUUGGUUCCUCUCCGUUCUUCGUUGCCAUCACCCCAGGGAUGGUCAGUAUUUCUCCUGAGGAUGAGGACGCCAUGGCCAAACCUCCUGUGACCAUGCUGCCUAGGCAGCCUGAUGAGCCUUGGGCAGUGGACUUCUCACCCUCUGAAACCCAGAUGACAGGAGCUACUGAAGCAGUUCCAAGUCCAUCGGAAAAUGAGGACUUUGCAACUGCGAGUCCAACUGAGCCCAGUUACAUAGAGGCCGAGACCUUCACCACUGCAGAGCCAUUUUAUAAAGAACCCGCCCAAGAAGUUGAGGAAGAAUACCCUGAAUCAGAGACCACCACACCAACUUUCACCAGCACUGAAAGGGUUCAACAAAUAUAUCCGGAUCCUACUGAGGCAGGAAUCCUGGAUCCGCCUGAACCAACAUACCGUGAGACCCCAUCACCAAGAUACACCGUUCCCGAACCCAGUGAGCCGAGAUACUUUCCAGACGAGUCGAGGAACCCUGACGCUGUUCCAGUCGAACCGCGGUACACCAACCCCGAGCCUGUCCAGCCGGUGCCACCGCAUUCACGUACCCACCAGCCCCAGGUUGUUGUGGUGGAUGAGGACGAGCUGAAUGUCAACGUGUUUUCAUACAAUUUGGAGACGUGUGUCCACAAUAGGCAAAAAUGCUCGGCAUUCGCUGACUGCCGGGAUUAUAGCAACGGGUACUGCUGCCACUGUAGGCCUGGUUUCUAUGGUAACGGGAAGGACUGUGUUGCUGAAGGUAAACCCCAGAGGAUGAAUGGAAAGGUGAACGGUCGAGUGUUCGUGGGGGACUCUCCUUCACCGGUGGAGCUCAGUAACAACGAUCUGCACUCCUACGUGGUUGCAAAUGAUGGUCGAGCAUAUGUUGCCAUCAGCAACAUCCCAGAGAGCGUGGGCCCCUCCCUGCAGCUGCUGUCGUCCCUGGGGGGAGUCAUCGGUUGGGCCUUCGCCUUGGAGCAGCCCGGCCACCACAACGGCUUCAGACUCAUUGGUGGAGUAUUUUUGCGUCAGGCUGAGGUGAUUUUCUACCCUGGUAAUGAGCGUCUGAACAUUAAGCAGCAGUUUAAAGGAAUUGACGAACACGACCACCUGGUGGUGAGCACCGAGCUGGAUGGACGUCUGCCUGCCGUCCCGCUGGGAUCCUCUGUCCAGAUCAACCCGUACAAGGAGAUCUACCAGUACGACAGAAACCUGAUCGUUUCCUCCUCCAACCGUGACUACACCAUCACCUCUCCUGAUGGCGUCGUCCAGACCAGAAGCUACAAGUGGCGUCAGACCAUCACCUUCCAGAGCUGCCCCCACCACGACGCCACGGGGCCGGCACUGUUCACCCAGCCCCAGCAGCUCAGCGUGGACCAGAUCUUUGUGAUGUUCGAUGCUGACAACAGUCUCAUCCGUUACGCCAUGAGUAACAGGAUUGGCUCCAUUAACAGCGGUCUUCCAGAGCAGAAUCCGUGUUUCACGGGCCGACAUGGUUGCGACGUCAGUGCAGUGUGCAGACCCGGCGAAGGCCUCCAGUUCAGCUGUGAAUGCACGGCCGGUUUUUCUGGAGAUGGACGCUACUGCCACGAUAUCGACGAGUGCCGGGAGACUCCUCAGGUGUGUGGACCCAACGCUUUCUGCACCAAUCAGCCUGGAGCUUUCCGCUGUGAAUGUCGCGUCGGCUUCGUGUUCGCCAGCGAUGGAAAGGCCUGCAUCGAGGAGAACCGUCCGGUGGACCACUGCCAGAGAGGAAGUCAUGACUGUGAUGAUCCGGGCAGAGCUCUGUGCAGCUACACCGGAGGUUCGGCCUUCGUCUGCUCCUGCCUGCCGGGGUUCACAGGCGACGGCCGGGUGUGUCGUGACGUAGACGAGUGUCAACAGGAGCGAUGCCACCGCGACGCCUCCUGCUCCAACACACACGGCUCAUACACCUGUCAGUGUCAUCGCGGUUUCCACGGAGACGGCUUCCAGUGCAGCCCCUCAGAGCGUGAGAAGACCCAGUGUGAACGCCAACGAGAGAGCGCCCAGGACGCCUCCUCCUCCUCCUCCUCCGGCUCCAGCAUCCUCUCCUUCUUCCGACCCCGGCCGGCCGUGGGCCAGUACGUCCCCCAGUGCGACGAGGCGGGGGCCUACAAGCCCACCCAGUGCCACAGCAGCAUCGGACAGUGCUGGUGUGUCAACGCCAACGGCAACGAGAUUCCCAACACCCGCACCGGACCUGGGAGCGUCCCUCUCUGCAUCGACCACACGGUGACCCCCCCUCCUCCGGUGGGUCCGACCCCGCGGCCCGACGUCCACCCCGUCGCUGCCGGGACACACCUGCUGUUCGCCAUGAGCGGGAGGAUCGAGCAGAUGCCGCUGGACGGGAGCAGCAUGAAGAAGGAGGAGGCCAAACCUCUGCUGCACAUCCCUGACCGAGUGGUGAUCGGCUUGACCUACGACUGUGUGGAGAAGAUGGUGUACUGGACGGACAUCACGGGGCCGGCCAUCAGUAAGGCCAGUCUGAGCGGAGGAGACGUCAUCCCAGUCAUCACCAAAGAGCUGCAGAGCCCUGAAGGCAUCGCCAUCGACCACGUCACUCGCCUCCUCUUCUGGACCGACUCGGUGCGGGACACAAUAGAGGUCUCCAAGCUGGACGGGAGCCAACGCCGAGUCCUGUUCGACACGGACCUGGUCAACCCCCGACCCAUCGUCACCAACCCAGCGUACGGGCGUCUUUACUGGGCAGACUGGAACAGAGACGGACCCAAGAUUGAGAUGUCCAACAUGGAUGGGACCGAGCGGGUCGUCCUGGUAAAAGACGACCUGGGGCUUCCCAAUGGUUUGACCUUUGACUCUGAAAACCAGCAGCUGUGUUGGGCCGACGCAGGCACUCGCAGGGUGGAAUGUAUGGACCCUCACCGGAGGCUGAGGAGGCAGAUCUCUGAAGGCAUCCAGUACCCCUUCGCUCUGGUCUCCUCUGGAAGGAGGCUCUACUACACAGACUGGAGGAGGGAGGCCGUGUUGGCUCUGGACCUUCAUUCGGAGAAAGAGAUGGAAGAGUUUGUGCCUCAGAAACGCUCUCGGCUGUACGGCAUCACCACCACACCGACGCAGUGUCAGCAAGCCUUUAACUACUGCUCAAACAACGGCGGCUGUUCUCACCUGUGUCUCCCUCGGCUCGGAGGAUUCACCUGUCGCUGCCCAGACGCCAACGACGCCAACGCCAUCAACGGCUGCGUGGAGAGGAACCCGUGAGUCUGCAGAGCGGCCGACGCUGGGACCAACCAAACAAAACACAAACACACUUUACUAUAUUUUGUGUUUUCUACUUUUCUUACUUGAACGUUUCCGCCAUGAUUUUAGAGUCUCGUGUUGUUUUUUACGGUCUGUACUUUACUUCAGCUGAAAUGAGUUCGCUCAGAUUCGCUUCAUGAUCUGAUUCCUGUGCAAAAAAAAAACAAACAAAAAAAAAAACAGUUAACCUAAAACACUGAUAAAUAUUAGAAAAGGUACUGAACGGUAAUCUUCACGUUGUAUUUAUAGUGUUUUGUUGCUUUUCUACUAGUUGAGGUCUGAAAGAUUUGUGCGAGGAACAAUCUGUGCCCUGAACAAAGUUCCCAGUGGUCUGGAAAAUGUUUGACAUUUUGAGAAAUACCUUAAAGGUUUGUUGCUUUUAUCAUUUCAGAUGAAAACGUCUUUGGUUCUUGAGUUCUGUGAAGUUUUAAAUGAAUUUGACGAAUCAGGUCAAAUUAAAAGGAGGUGAUUCUGCUUCAUCUAAUAAUAAUAAUAACUAUGACCCUGUUAGAGAAUCAGAGGCGUUUCAUUUGUCAGAGCAGUUAAUAAAACUCAAUAGCAAACUCAACUUUUCAUUUUAUUUACACACCAAUUUGAGACUUCAGUUAAAACUUAUUCUAACGUUUGCUCUAAAACCCACUGUCUAUUUUUUGUAUGUACGUGUAAAUAUCUAAUGUCUAGACAUCUUUUUUUUUUAAACGGUGCUGAUGUUAGCCUGAGAUGACGAUGAUUACUGUGAAGCUCAGGUUUGUUCAAUGAACCAAAGUAAAGAAACAACUGUGACGGCAACGUCUUCGAUCCUCAAAGCUACGUAUGAAAAAUGAAGUGGUUCUCUUUAAAACUCAACUCAAGGAUUAUUAACGAAUAUGUUCCCGAGGCUGGUGGACGGAAGGUUUUAUUGUAGCAUUAAACCUGAACACCAGAUUAUUUUCAUAUCAUUUUAAUAUUCAGACUUUUCCAACUUGCUGCUGCAAAGAAAUCAAACUGUAGCUUGUUUUAGGUGAAAGAAAAUGGGAUUAUUUGGCAUCCUAUGGACAAUUUUAAAGUAAUUGUGAGCAGCUAAGCUAAGCUAAGCUAAUCAGUGUCUUCAGACUUAAACAGGACUGAAUGUUCUUGCAGCAGCAGAAUUAACUUCUGUAGUGAAACCGUGAGUUGAGUUGAGUCAAAUUGUGUCACUUCCUUGUGAGACAACAGUAAAGUGAAUAUAUUCACAAAAAUAUUUGAUAUGUGUGAAUUUAUUGGCAGGUAUUUGUCAUAAUUCUCUUCGUGGACAGAAUUAUUUCAGUGAGUACAUACUGUCGCUUUGAGGAACUCACCUCAGGUUUUAUAUAUAUAUAUAUUUUUGUUUUGUAGUAACUCAAACCUGGUCAGGGAAGAACAUCCAGCGGGGUUUAAUUACUACUUAACAUUUCUAACAACAGUUUGUGAUAAAAGCCUUGAAGUGAUCCAAUCUUCACUGGUACAGUAUAAAAGUAUUUAGAGAAAACUGUGUGUCAGAUGUGACUGCAGUGGCACCGACUAGUAAAACUGUGUUUAGUGUUGUUGUUGUCGGGUUUUUAUGUUCCUCAGGAUGAGUCUGUGUCUGCAUCGGCCAAAGAGGGGACGUUAAAGCCUGAAAUAAAACAUUUUUAAUGUA